AUCCCCAUCUCCACCCUUCCUUCCACAAAAAAUAGACCGAUGCCGAUAUCAAUCCUCCCUCCGCAACCAGCACAAUACCUCCUCCCCCCGGACCCCGACUCAGACCGCGAGAAUGAAAAAGUGGUGCUGGAUGAGGACGGCGACUUCGUCCGCAUGAUCUCGACCCCGCGGAAAAGAUCGAAAGCAAUUCCCAUAGUGACGCCGGGAGAAAUCGUAACCUCGGACCCGCAAUGGAUGCGCGGUCACGGAACCUGCCUCAUGCGGGGCAGAGACUCCGCCGUAGACGGCGACGACUCGGACGUCAACAAACUCCUGAGCGUGAAGCCCCUGCGCGCCCGCUACACGCCCGAGAUCGGAGACCUGGUCGUCGGGCGGAUCGCGGAGGUGCAGUCGAAGCGGUGGAAGGUGGACAUCAAUUCUACUCUGAUGGCGCAUUUGCUCCUGUCCUCCAUUAACCUACCCGGCGGCAUCCUGCGGAAGCGGACAUCAACCGACGAACUGCAAAUCAGGAGUUUUUUCUCGGAGGGCGACCUCCUUGUCGCUGAAGUGCAGAGUUUAUUCCAGGACGGGGCGGCGUCGCUACACACACGCUCGCUCAAGUACGGGAAGUUGCGCAAUGGGUACUUUUUGAAGGUCAAAGCGGGCGGGAUCGUCAGGGGCAAGUCGCAUAUCGUCACGCUAGAGGCUGCGAACGGGGCUGGGGAGGUGGAUGUGAUAUUGGGCGUCAACGGCUACGUGUGGGUUUCCAAAAAGGUUACGUUGCAGGCUCCCCCCGGCGGCGAGAGCAUCACUCGGUUGGAGGAGGAGGCGAGCGAGGCCAUCUACUCCAACGUGAAUGAGGAUAUCGCCCCCGUUACCCGCAGGGAGAUCGCCAGGGUAGGGAACUGUGUUAGGGCGAUGGUUAGGUGGAAUGUCAGGGUUGACGAGGAGGUCCUGAAUGCCGUGUAUCUGUCCGCACUGGAGCUCGAGGAGAUGGGGUUCACAGAGGAGGGCGGUUCCAGCAAUGGGCCGGAGUGUCUGGAGGGGGAGGUUGGGAGAAGAGCUGUGGAGGCUGGGAUGGAACGGGUUAGGGAGGCUAAUUCGAAGGCUAGGGGAAUGGUUGAGUGAGGGGUUAUUAUAACAAUUUGCGUUCGGGGUGGAGUGUGUUUCUUUUCUUUUCUCUAUACUCCGGUAGUGUGAAGGUGUAACCCGGGGACGCACCCGUAGUCCCCAUGUGAUUGAGAACCCAC